UGAGCAGUGUAGAGGAAGUGGCGGCUGAUCUGGGUCCGCACCUUUUCCGGUAACACAGCACCGCCACAGCUCGACAGAGAGGGAGGGAGGAAGAGAGACUGAGAGCGGCAAGAACGGGGAGAAACGGCCUGAGGACCGGGGGGACACCGCCGCGGACAGAGGGGAAGAGAAGGAGAAAGUCGGAUGAAUCAAUGACCUUUUGAGCGGUCUUCUUCUGGAUCUUCCGGUACACCGACGGACCAGACGCAUUCGGCGUGUUUUCGUGAAAAAAGAACGGUGCCUUGUAAUUCAUCAACCAAAGCGAGCUGAAGGCAAGUGUGGAGCUCCGGCUGCCAAGGAGGAAGUGGGAACCCCGGGCUCGGACUGGGCCUGAUCUGUGCACGGUGCUGUUUGUAGAAAUCUGCAGCAGCUGGAUACUACAGGAGACACGAGACUGUGAAGUAAAAGCUUUACUGCUUCGGUAAACCAGAUGUGAUUUCCUCCCUCCUCUUACACUGAAGGGCAGUGGAUCAUGAAAAUAUAUCCCCACCCAAUUCUGUGAGGGCUCCAUCCACACUGUUCCCACGGACAGUCAACAUCUCAGGUCAGACCACCAACGGUUCAGGUCAACUGUACCUCUGUUUUCAACUGAACACACUUGAAAGUCAACACUUUUUGAAUAUUGACACCUGUGCCAUUACGUGGAAGGCGUCCAUCAUCCCUUCAAACUAUAACACAGCACAAAAUUAUUGGGAGAAAAAACCUUUAGGCACCAUAGAAGUCAAUUUUUAAAAUACCCAACAGAGUAUUUAUGCACAGACAACAAGAUGGGGAAAAUGCUAUCCAAGAUCUUUGGCAACAAGGAGAUGAGAAUAUUGAUGCUUGGACUUGAUGCUGCUGGUAAAACAACCAUCCUGUACAAGCUAAAGCUAGGACAGUCAGUCACCACCAUCCCUACAGUUGGUUUCAACGUGGAAACUGUCACCUACAAAAAUGUGAAGUUCAAUGUGUGGGACGUGGGUGGACAGGACAAGAUCAGACCACUUUGGAGACAUUACUACACUGGCACGCAGGGCCUUAUAUUCGUGGUGGACUGUGCUGACAGGGACCGCAUCGAUGAGGCUAGACAAGAGCUCCACCGGAUCAUCAACGACCGAGAGAUGAGGGACGCCAUUAUUCUGAUCUUCGCCAACAAACAAGACCUCCCAGAUGCCAUGAAGCCGCACGAGAUACAGGAGAAGCUGGGCCUGACCCGGAUCAGAGAUAGGAAUUGGUACGUUCAGCCCUCAUGUGCAACAACAGGGGAUGGACUUUACGAGGGCCUGACCUGGCUUACCUCAAAUUACAAAUCCUAAUGUUUCUCCCUCUACCAGCUUGGACACUUGGAGGCAAAAAGUAGCUGAGAAUGAAAAGUUCAAAAAUGCAAUCUGAAGCAAUUAAUACCACAACCUCUCUCCCGAGUAUAUAUAAAUCAAAGAGAGUAGCAAUUCUAUUGUGUUUUCUUUGUUUGUUUGUUUUUUGAUAAUGUUAAAUUCACUUUAACCCCAGAUUUCAUUUAAGCAAUUGUUUUAUGCCUGGCUAUGUUAAUUUUGAUUUUCUAUUUUAGUUCACAUUCUGUAUAAUCAAUACUGUUUCAGUCUAACAUACGCCUUAUUUUGAGCUUUUACUGCAAAUUCUUUCCCUGCUUUGUGUAUUAUUUUCUUUAGGGGGUGCUAAAACAUGCACACCUCUGUAGUUUUGAUUCAGGCAAGCCUAAUAUUCAGUAUUCUCAUGACCCAGCAACUUGUCUUGAAAAAAAUCAUCAGCGGAGCACAAACAGUCUCUGAAAAGUGAUAGAAUGUGUAUAAAAAUGUUUUCACCGUUGAUUGUACCAGAAUGAAUGACGAAACAUGUUAGUACUUAUUUCCUGUGCAGUGAUUAUAUCCAUUGUGUCUACAGCGGCGGUUUGUUGGAAGGACACUAUGUGGACACUGGAUAUACACACACACAAACACACACACAAACACACACUGUGAUAUGGAUAUAUAUUUUUGUUGUUUCAGGGUCUGAAUCUCUUUCCCACCAGUCUUAUUACUAUGAUUAUCUUUACUGUUCUUGUGACUGCUUCUCUGUGUCCUCUUGGAGCUUCCGUUACUCUGGUGUAUUUGUAGUUUCAGCUGCCUUGGGAGGGCUUACACAUGCCCCACCAUGAAGACAGUUAUUACAGCAGAAGGUAUUGUCAAAUGCUGAGUUUGCACUGUGGUAGGGGGAUGGGUCGUGGGGGGACACCGACAAACUGGCUGUGCACAUUCUCAUUUUGUGUGACUGACUUUUGAAACCUGGCGAGUGUUUACAACAUUUGUCACCCCACAGACCACCUCCUGUUUAGGUGCUCCUUUCUUAUAUAGUCAUAAUCACCUGCCUCUAAGAUAAUGGUCCUACAGAGAAACCAUUCUCCUGUUAAUUGUUUCAUAGAUAUGUUUUUUUUUUGCUGCUUUGUUUCUGCUAAUGAAAUAAUAAAAAAAUAUAUCCAGAUCA